AUGAGUUCAGAGAAGGAGAAACCCUUUACAAAGCAGCUUGAUUUGAAUAGUCAGACAGCUCUUAUCAACAUAUUAAUUAAUACUGUUGAUGAAAAUGAGCGUCUCACGCUUGCAAAUCAAGAAUAUCCUUCAGAUUCAAAUCAAAUUCAAUCUAUUCAAACUCAAAUCCAACUUCAAAAGCAGAAACUCGAGUCAAUUACUAAAACAAAUGAAGAUAUCAUGAAAGAAAUUGAAAAUACGAAACAAAUUUAUCAACAAAAAAUACAAGAUGCACAACAAGCUUAUGAUUUAGUAUAUCGUGAGAAGCUAAAGCUUCAACUCGAGAAAAAUGAGAAAAAUCUUGAAUAUCAAAACACAGUUGGCGCUUUAGAAUCAGAAGAAAAGAUUUUAGACGACGAAAUACAAUAUUUACAAAAGGUAAUACACGAAAUCAAAAUGAAGAACUCAAAUUCCAUCGCAUCAGCUAAUUGGGCGUCAAGUACAAACAGAGUUCUUGAAGAAACGAAGAUUUUGCUUCAGACGUCAGAAGCUCAAGAUGCAUACUAUAAUACGAUUAUUAAAUAUAAUACAGAACUAUUUGGCCGAAAUCCUUCAAAACCUUCUCAACAGAAACAAAAAGAUUCUCCAAUCCAAGAAUCUCCUCCAGAAGUACCACCACAGCCUUCGCAACCAUCAAGAACUACAGAGUCAAUAUUAAACCCACCAGUUAUUCCUCAACAACCGAUUGUUACUCAACAUUUUACAGAACCACAACAAAACAGCUUCGUUCCUGCUCAACCUUCACCAGUUAAAAUCGUACAGACCACAAAUACACAUCAGACUCCUACCCAUCAACAAAUUCCUGUUUCUCAACCUAAAAUUCAAAUCCAGACUCAGAAUGUUCAACAAGUUUCAUACCAACCUGUAGUAAAUACUCAACCAGUUAAUUCUACACCUAUAAUGCAACAACCAAUUGUAAAACGCCCUGUUGUAAGAAAAAUUUCAGUUCCAAAAGUAAGACAACCUGAUUAA